AUGGCUGAUCAGUACGUGGAAGUUUUGGGGGAUCUGAUAGGGUUGUUGAAGGAUUACAAGCCGGGGACUAUUACCAUCGAGAAUAUCACGAAGCUAUGUCAGUCUAUGGGGUUAGAGUCGUUUAUUGAUGAGCUGGAUAACGAUAUAUCGCGACUCUCUACUGCCUCUAAGAUUAUUGUUAUUGACAUUGAUUACAAUAAGACACAGAGCACGGUGCAGGAUGUGAAACUGGUGCUCGCAUCGAAUUUUGAUAACUUUGACUAUUCCAAUGAGCAAUUGGAAGAAGCAGGGGACAAACAGUCGAAUAUUUUGCUCAAUUCGUUGACCAAUUAUGACUCGUUGAAGCAAUUCCACCAUAACUUGGAAUUCCUGUACUUAUUAGACACAUACUCAAGCGUAGAGUCUGACAACCAGAUAUCUUCUGGAAACAACUUGGGAUCUGGGAAUGGAACAAACGGAUCAUCUCUAACCAACAAAACAGAUAAGAAAUCUGUAUCCUCUGGCAAUGGCUUGGACUCUAAACUCAAUGAAGGAAAACUAAACCUCUUCAAGUAUUUUAGAGAGCUGAAGAAAUACAUUAAUACAUUUUUUAAAGAGAGUUGUGAUAACAGAUUUAAAGUUGUAGCAAAUGUGGACAAUAGGUUUGGAUUAUAUAUAUAUGAAACACACGGAUAUUCUAUGCGCUCGAGACCGUUAGCCAAAGUAUACUUUGAGAGAGCAAAAGUCCCACAACAAAGAUUUUAUGAGUACAUCUAUUCUUCAGAGACUGGAUCUUGGAUUAAUGAGAACUCAGAAAACUACUCGGUGGGUGUUAACCUCAUUCUUGAGGUAAAUUUCGAUGACACAGAUGAAGAUGUUUUCUGGUUUCCUAAAGAGUUUGUGCCAACAGAUCUGUUCAUUGAUGAGAAAGACCAGCUAACGAGCAGAAAAGUAUCUGAUGUAUUAUGUCAUGCCUUUUAUGAAUUAGGCUCCUCUAAAAAACAAACUAUUGAAUUAAUGAAUGAUUUUACCACUGAUCUCAUACAAAUCAGACGAUUCAAUAUAAACAACGAUAACCUCGACCUAAUUGCAGAUAUACUCAAUUGGACUAUUUGGUACAGGACAGUUCUACGACCAAUAUAUUUGAAAUUGGUGAGUUCGAUUUCUGAUGAUGAUGAUCAGCAUAUUAGAGCAGAUAUAGCAAACACAAAGGAUGAAUUCACAGUCGAAAACACUAAUCCAGAAAUAAUGAAAGGGCCUACAAAUAAGAACGCAUCAUUCAUGCAAAGAAAUUCCAUGUCUUUGCAGAGAAGAAGGAGAUCUUCAAACAAAGCUAAGAGACCAAGUAUGUCUGAGGCAGUAGUUUUCAAGGAUGAAGGUUUGCAGCAGUUCAGUCUUCAUGAAAUUAUGGCUGAUACCACGACUGAACCGGAUCAAAAACCAGACAACUUAAAUAUUUCAAAUAAUUCAGAGUCCUUUAUUGGGCAACAGGAGUUGAUGGAGGGAAGCAAUAUAAUCAAUGAUGACAAAAUGGAUAUUGAUGAAGAGGCUAUUAAUGACGACGAUAGUGACUCACAAUCUGGUGAAGAAGGUAAUAUACCUGUUUUAUUGGUAAACGAGGAUCAUGUUUCAUUCAAAGGACUGGGUUCUUGCAGUUUUUAUGAUGAUAAAGAUAAAUGGGCUAAAUUUGUCGAGGAUCUUUUUAAUGUUUUCAGUUAG